UAUUAAUGGUUUAACUGGUUUAACAUUAGAAGAUGAGCCGACUCAUGUUUACGAAAAAUAUGCAGGAUAUCUAACAACCAAUUCGGAACCUUUUUCAUCUAUCUUUCCAUUACCAUCGAAUAAUUCAUAA